AUGACGCAGGCCUGGGACAGGGCAGUUUUUGCCGCCCGGCGGCGCAACGAUGACGACGAUACAACCCGGGACAGCAUGUUCGUCUACACCAACAGCAACAACACGCGGGGCCCCUUCGAAGGCCCCAAUUACCACAUCGCGCCGCGCUGGAUCUACAACGUGGUGUCACUCUGGAUGGUCUUCGUGGUCAUCGCCUCCAUCUUCACCAACGGGCUGGUGCUCGUGGCCACCUGGAAGUUCAAGAAGCUGCGGCACCCGCUGAACUGGAUCCUGGUGAACCUGGCGAUCGCCGACCUGGGCGAGACCGUCAUCGCCAGCACCAUCAGCGUCGUCAACCAGAUCUUCGGCUACUUUAUCCUGGGCCACCCGCUCUGCGUCCUCGAGGGGUACACCGUGUCCACCUGCGGUAUCACGGCGCUGUGGUCGCUGGCGAUCAUCUCCUGGGAGCGCUGGUUCGUGGUGUGCAAACCCUUUGGCAACAUCAAGUUUGACGGGAAGCUGGCCAUAGGCGGCAUCAUCUUCUCCUGGGUCUGGUCCGCCGUCUGGACUGCGCCCCCCAUCUUCGGCUGGAGCAGGUACUGGCCCCAUGGCUUGAAGACCUCCUGUGGCCCAGAUGUGUUCAGUGGCAGCUCAGACCCCGGGGUCCAGUCCUACAUGAUUGUGCUGAUGAUCACCUGCUGCUUCAUCCCACUCGGCGUCAUCGUCCUCUGCUACCUGCAAGUGUGGAUGGCCAUCCGCACGGUGGCAGCCCAGCAGAAGGAAUCAGAGUCCACCCAAAAGGCGGAGAAGGAAGUGUCACGCAUGGUAGUGGUCAUGAUCAUUGCCUAUGUCUUCUGCUGGGGCCCCUACACCUUCUUCGCCUGCUUCGCUGCCGCCAACCCCGGCUACGCCUUCCACCCGCUGGCAGCUGCUCUGCCUGCCUACUUCGCCAAGAGCGCCACCAUCUACAACCCCAUCAUCUACGUCUUCAUGAACAGGCAGUUCCGUAACUGCAUAAUGCAGCUGUUUGGGAAGAAGGUGGACGACGGCUCAGAGCUCUCCUCCACCUCCCGCACUGAGGUCUCCUCCGUCUCCAACUCCUCUGUGUCGCCGGCAUAG